ACUUUUGUAUUAAAUUUUGUUUUUACUCUACACCAAUGAGCUUGCAGGGGAGUGAAUAUUAACUCGUUUUUAUUGUUUGGAGCAAAUUGGUGAUUGGUGAGGAAGCUCAAAAGAGACACAGCAUGGGAGAAAAUUUCUUUCAGUGUUCCAGUCCUGUUGAAAGUGUUUUGGGAAGCCCAGAUAUCUUUCAACACCAGCAAAGCAGUCUAACUAAUGGGCUAUAUAAAUGCCUGGAGUGUGGGAAAUGUUUCACUCACAGCAAGAACUUCAGUACUCACCAGAGGAUCCACACUGGAGAAAAACCUUACAAGUGUUCUGAUUGUGGGAAAAGAUAUGGUGCCAGCUCGACCCUUAGUAGGCAUCGAAAAAUCCACAUGGAAGAAAAACCCUAUAAAUGCCCUGACUGUGAGAAGAGUUUUAGUUAUAAAGCAGACCUGAUUAAACACCAUCGAGUUCACACUGGGGAGAAACCCUAUGUGUGCCGUGACUGUGGGAAGAGCUUUAGUCAGAGCUCAAAUUUUGUUACUCAUCAGAGAAGCCACACGGGAGAGAAACCUUAUGAAUGCCCUGACUGUGGGAAAAGUUUUACGGUGAGUUCAAGCCUUAUCGAACAUCAGCGAGUCCAUACUGCUGAGAAGCCCUUCUUGUGUACAAAAUGUGGGAAAAGUUUCAAUCGGAGCUCACACCUAAAUGUGCACCAACGAAUCCACACUGGAGAGAGGCCAUUUCAGUGUUUGGAUUGUGGGAAAGGUUUUACCAUCCUCUCCACCCUUAGUAAACACCAAAGGAUCCACACUGGAGAAAAACCUUAUAAAUGCCCUAAAUGUGAGCGAAGCUUUAGGGUGAGCUCAAUCCUUACCCAGCAUAUCAGAACCCACACAGGAGAGAAGCCGUACAUUUGCCUUGAGUGUGGGAGAUGCUUCAGUCAAAAGUCACCUCUCAUUUCUCACCAGAGACUUCAUACUCGCCAAAAAAAAUGUAUAGAGUGAUUGGUCUGAAACAAAGUAGUGUGCUUUAGAAAUUGAUGAGUCGUAAUUUGUCAUUGUUUAGUUUAUGGCAUUAAGAAAGUGGUCUAGGAUAUAAAAUCAGUGGAGCCCUGCUGCACUUAUUUCCUUCCUGUACAAAGUUAUAUAUUUGGGCUUGUAAAAGGAAUGCUGAAUUUUUCAAAAAGUUGGAUUCAAUUUGAAAUUGCUAUAUUUACAACCAUGACCCACCCACGAAUGAAAGUCUUACUCCUUGAAAGGAGGCAUAGAGUUGAGGAGGACAAAAGGUUGCCAGUUUGAAGCCCAGGUCGGGGUGAGUACCUGACUGUUAGCCCAGCUCACUGUUUACCUAAGCAGUUCGAAAACAGCUUAAAGCUGUAAGUAAAGAAAUUAGGUACUGCUAAAAAAAAGUGGGGGAGGUAUUUUCUGACACCAUAAAAGAAAAAAGACCAGAAUAUGCUGGCAACCCAAAGAAAGGAGGAAGUCCUAAUGGCUCUUUGUCAUAGAGAAUGGAGCGACAGCACCCCCUGUGGCUGGAUUUGAGCACAACCUCCAAAGGCUCUGAAAGCUAGAUAUUGACACAACAUACCUCCUUUCUGCCUGUUCUGUCCUGUCUGUCCAAAUUGAAUGUUUGCCAUGUGUGUGUACUGUGAUCCGACCUGAGUCCCCUUGAGGAGACAGGACGGAAUAGAAAUAAAGUGUUAUUAUAGCGUUUCAAAUUAUUGCAGCUAGAUGCCUCUCCAAGUGCACCUGUUAUUCACAAGAUGGCAAUCCUGCAAUGUAAGGCCUAAUGAGAAAUUCUGAAAAAAUAUCUUUAUAUCUGGCUCAAGAUGGUUAAUAAAACUUCAUAACUCAUUAAACCAUUUGUAACUUUUUGUGUAAUUGUGACAUGUCACCACUGUGAAAUAUACUCCUUUGACAUUGGGCCCAUCAUUUUGAAAUGCCCUGUAGUUAAAAUGACUUCAUUUGGUAGCAUUUCAGAAAAAAUUAAAAGUAGACAAUGUUUUUGCAGAAUCUCCCAUAUGGAGAGAGUGUAAGCCUCAAUUUGUUUAUGCCAUAAAUGUUAGUAUAGGAUUGUCAUGAGGAUAACUGGCACCAGAAUGUUUAAAAGUCCUUUGUACGUAGAAAAGAACUGUGGAACCAAUAAAAUUAUUCCAAAAGACUAA